AUGCUCAAGCGCUACGUCGCCAUCCGCACGUAUAUCAGGCUUCUGGGCGAUCGCAAUAUUUUGCACCUCACCCCGACCGACGACCAAGACGACGAAAUCGACGCUGUGUUGCUCGUGCUUGACGAGCUUGAAUCGAUGACGUUGGCGCUCCAAGAAGAAGCUACCUCCAUGCUGGAUGUCCGCAACCUCUUUGAUGAGUGUAUGCUGCUUCAUCCGUCGGCUUCCAAGCGCUUGGCGUCUAAUUCAGCCGUCGUCGGACACGCGGAUUUUGAAGUUGCCAUCACCAAGAUAUUGGACCAAUCAGUUUCUAGCAUGAGUGAUGGUCAAGUCGCGAGUGUUGAUCGUUUGAAGAUGCCCCCAAAGGCCUUGGAUGCAAGCCAGGACAAGCCAUUGACGCUGGCGCAACCUGCGAAGAAGCGCCUCAAGGUCUCAGCCGAUGCUGACUCCUACGUGGACUGUCGAUUUAUCCGUCCGACGUCGAAUAAUUGCGAGCGAUUUUUUCCUGGGCCAAGUAUGCAUUGA